AAUAGAAUUAUAUACAUAAUAUGCUAGUGACAUUUACUUAUCACCAAUAACAUACAUUUCUUGAUGGGGGGGCAGCAGCAGCUUACUGAGUUGGUUUAUUUUCUGCCUUGGCAAUAAAAAGUUACUACACAUUAUAGAGGAAGCAAAGCUUGGGCAAUAGGGUUAAAGAUUUAUGGCUGCCAUUACAGGUUUGCAAGUAAGGCUGAUUUCUCUGGUCGUGGACCCAAAGACACUAUGAAGCCGUUAGAGAGAGAGCGAGAGAAAGUAUUGAACGUGGUCUAAUUAUUUAUGUAAAUCUGGUUGCCAAUGAUCCUGAUUGGGUUUUUUACGUGGUAAUCCGACAACUACAGUGAUCGGACCCCCGGCUACAGUGAUCGAACGCCCAAAUACAGUGAUAUAACCCCCAUGAGUUCUUGUGAUUGGUUUACUUAUGUUUUGGUUGUGCUUAUUCUGAUGCAAUUCUGCAUAGAAAAUUUUAUAUUUUUGCAAUGAAAGAAAUUUAACACAGGUUAUCUUUAAAGUUGGACCCACGUGGGCUGAUUUUGCCACCAUGCGACAGGAUCACAGUUCUGUUUGGCUCACACACGUGGGGAAUAAUUUAGAAGGAUGGCCGUUUUGCACUCAGGCCAAGCGGCUGGAUGACUUAGACCACAUUGGGCCUGCAAGCGAGAUCUGAAGAUCACUUUCCACACAGAAUCUAAAUAUGCGGUGAUAGUCGGUGAUGAUGGCGUUCUGUGCGAAAAUCCGAAACUCUAGGAAAUGUGAGGUGGAAGCCGCGCCUCCUAAAGGGGUGGAAAUAAAUUUUUAUCUUCCGGACAAGCCCCCAAUUUUGUAUACAGAAGGAGCGUAUACAGCGGAAGAAUUGCUUAUUGAGGUGGCACAGAAAUGCAAUAUCUCCCCACUGUGCCACAAUCUAUUUGCACUGUACAACGAGAGAGACAACCUUUGGUUACCCCCAAAUCACCUCUUCAAGAUCAAUGCCAGUACGUCCCUCAAACUUUAUUACCGUGUCAGAUUCUUUUUUACAAAUUGGCACGGGACGAAUGAAAGCGAGUCGCCGGUCUGGAGGUAUUACCCCAAAAAGCAGAGAGACCCUUAUGAAAGCAAACAGGUCCAGGAAGGGACCCCGAUUCUUGAUGCCAGCUCCCUGGAUUACAUAUUCGCACAGGGCCAGUAUGAGUUGGUGAAGUGUCUGGCACCUGUUCGAGAACCUAAAACGGAAUCGGAGGUGCAUGAGAUAGAGAAUGAGUGCCUGGGAAUGGCUGUGCUAGCCAUAUCGCACUACGCCAUCAAGAGGAAGAUGCAGCUGCCGGAAAUCCCAAAGGACAUAAGCUACAAGAAAUACAUUCCGGAAACAUUAAACAGAACCAUCAAGCAGAGAAAUAUUCUGACUCGCAUUCGGAUUAAUAACGUUUUCAGGAAUUUCCUAAAAGAAUUCAACAACAAAACCAUCUGCGACAGCAGCGUGUCGCCCCACGACCUGAAGGUGAAGUACAUGUCCACGCUGGAGACGCUGACUAGGAAUUACGGUGCUGAAAUCUUCGAGACAACCUCAUUAAAGAUCUCCUCUGAGAAUGAGCAAAAUGGCUUUUCCGUCAGUGAGGUGUACGAGGUAAUGGUGACCGGGAACGACGGGAUUCUGUGGAGGCAAAAACCAGCCUCUGUGCUCAAUGAAAAAGAAAAGAAGUUAAAGCGAAAGAAAGGAGAAAAUAAAAACAGAAUGGAUAAAAAGGCGACCAACAAAGAGCAGUGGAUCAGCUUCUCGUAUUUCCCUGAGAUUACUCACAUCGUGGUGAAAGAGGAAAUGGUUGUGGUCAAUAAUCAGGACAACAAGUGCAUGGAGCUGAAACUGUCCUCUCCAGAGGCGGCGCUCUCCUUUACCGCCCUGGUGGACGGGUACUUCAGACUCACGGCAGACGCCCACCACUAUCUCUGCACGGACGUGGCCCCUCCAUUGAUAGUUCACAGCAUAAUGAAUGGAUGUCACGGGCCUAUUUGCACAGAGUAUGCUGUAAACAAGCUGCGGCAAGAAGGAAAUGAGGAGGGGACGUACGUCCUGAGGUGGAGCUGUACAGAUUUCAACCACAUUCUCAUGACUGUGGCGUGUUCCAAAAUAUCUAAGUAUGACUCUAAGAGUAUGAAGCAGUACAAAAACUUCCAGAUCGAAGUGAAAGACAAAACGUACUGUCUGCUGGGCUCCGACCGGGUCUUUGACACCCUGAAACAACUGAUGGAACACUUGAAGGGGCAAGUUCUUAGGACAGAUGAUGUCAGCUUUACGUUGAAGAGGUGUUGUCCUCCCAAACCGAGAGAAAUUUCCAACCUGUUGAUUGCGACGAAAAAAGCAGUGGAUUGGCAGCCUGUGUAUCACAUCAGUCAGCUGAGUUUCCACAGAAUCCUGAAGGAAGAAAUUCAGCAAAUUGAUCACAUGGGACGAGGAACCAGAACGCAGAUCUACACAGGGAAACUCAACUACAAGAAUGACUGUGACAGUGACGUUCCUAGCUCCGAUAAGGAGAUUAAGGUCAUCCUGAAAGCGCUGGACCCGAGCCACAGGGACAUUUCUUUGGCAUUUUUUGAGACUGCAAGUAUGAUGAGGCAAGUGUCGCACAAGCACAUUGUACUGCUCCACGGCGUGUGUGUGCGAGACGUGGAAAACAUCAUGGUUGAAGAAUUUGUGGACUUCGGCCCUCUAGACCUGUUCAUGCAUCGUAAAAGCGAGAUACUCACUACGCCAUGGAAAUUCCAAGUUGCCAAACAGCUGGCAGGUGCCCUGAGUUACCUGGAAGAUAAAGACUUUGUACAUGGGAAUGUCUGUACUAAAAACAUACUACUUGCCAGGGAAGGGAUUGAGAGCGAUUGUGGGCCAUUCAUAAAACUCAGCGAUCCUGGCAUUCCUAUCACUGUCCUCACCAGGCAAGAACGUGUAGAACGGAUCCCCUGGAUCGCUCCAGAAUGUGUCAAUGAUUCCCGGAUACUGAGUGUGGCUGCAGAUAAGUGGAGUUUCGGGACCACCUUGUGGGAAAUUUGUUUCAAUGGAGAAGUUCCUCUGAAGGAUAAGACACUGGCGGAGAAAGAGAGAUUUUAUGAGGGUUGUUUCAUGUUGCCGAAACCGUCCUGUGAGGAGUUGGCCAAUCUCAUCAUAAACUGCAUGAACUACGACACCAACCGGAGGCCCUUCUUCAGGGCCAUAAUGCGAGAGAUCAAUAAGCUGGAGGAGCAGAAUCCAGACAUUGUCUCGGAGACCUCUCUUUCUGCACAAGUGGAUCCAAGCCUGUUUGAGAAGAGAUUCCUGAAGAGAGUCCGGGAUUUGGGGGAGGGUCACUUUGGGAAAGUGGAGCUAUGUAGAUAUGAUCCGGAAGGUGACAACACUGGGGAGCUGGUGGCGGUGAAAUCUCUGAAGCCGGGGACAGAAGGAACUCACAUCUCCGACCUAAACAAAGAGAUCCAAAUCCUGCGGAACCUGUACCACGACAACAUCGUGAGAUACAAGGGGAUCUGCACCGAGGACGGAGGAAGUGGCAUCAGAUUAAUAAUGGAGUACUUACCUUCCGGGAGCUUAAAGGAAUAUUUGCCGAGGAAUGUAAACAAAAUAAACCUGAAGCAGCAGCUGGAAUACGCCAUUCAGAUCGCCAAGGGAAUGGAUUACCUGGGGUCGUGUCAGUACGUCCACCGAGAUCUGGCGGCAAGAAACGUCCUGGUAGAAAAUGAACACCGGGUGAAAAUAGGAGAUUUUGGUUUAACCAAAGCAAUUGAAACGGACAAGGAGUAUUACACAGUGAAGGAAGACCGGGAUAGUCCCGUGUUCUGGUAUGCCCUGGAGUGUUUGCUGCACAGCAAGUUCUACAUCGCCUCUGACGUCUGGUCGUUCGGCGUUACGCUGUACGAGAUACUGACCUGCUGCAAUUCAGAAUUCAGUCCCAUGGCGAUGUUCCUAAAAAUGAUUGGACCAACCCAAGGCCAGAUGACGGUGACUCGGCUCGUGCGUGUGCUGGAGGAAGGAAAGCGGCUGCCGAUACCUGCAAACUGCCCCAAUGAGGUGUAUAACCUGAUGCUGAGGUGCUGGGAGCAGAACCCCAGUACCCGUGCCACCUUCCAGGGCCUGAUCCAAGGCUUUACAGACCUGAUAAAUAAGAUGUAAUGACGGACUUCAGGACUAGAAGCUGCUCCCAUGGAUGCAUUAGAAUAUGAACCAUUUCUACCUAGGAAGUCUGCCUCCUCCCGCCUCUCUAGUGGCCUCCCGCCUCUCUAGUGGACGUCUGCCUCCUCCCGCCUCUCUAGUGGACGUCUGCCUCCUCCCGCCUCUCUAGUGGACGUCUGCCUCCUCCCGCCUCUCUAGUGGACGUCUGCCUCCUCCCGCCUCUCUAGUGGCCUCCCGCCUCUCUAGUGGACGUCUGCCUCCUCCCGCCUCUCUAGUGGACUAUUCUACAGCAGUGGCGGCUGAUCCGAGCAACAGUCACUGACUGCGUCAUAUUCCUUCAGAAAGAUUUGUCCUAUAUUGUACAGUAACCACACGCACAUUAUCAUGUUCAACUCAGUGGAUACAAGACAUUAAAAUGUUCUUAGAACCACUGGAAACCAGGUGAACUCCAGGUAUAUUUUCAGUUUAGUACCAAAAUACUUUGAGAAGGACUAUGGUAGACGCAAUUACAUUAAGUUGUGGCAGCAGACACCGACUCCCAAUAUACAAAAAUCAGUUGUGUGUGAUAUUAUCUCUUCUCUCUUGGGAAGAUGUCCUAAAAGACACUUCUAUAUAGAAUCCCACCUAUAUCCCGUUUAUUCAGGUAAGAGGUUUUCCAACUAUUUCUAUAUAGAGGGAUCUUUUAGAAUAUCUUCCUAAGCGAGGAGAGCCAGUAUCGCACACAGUUGAUUUUCUAUAUAUUCAGCUUAAUUAACCUGUAUCCAUCAUUGGGGCUAAACACUGGCCUGUCACCUACAUACGGCGGUGGCGGCCAUGAUAUUCAGGAGACUGUCACGGCAACCUUCAUUGGCUCGAUGUGCCUGCUUUGUGUGUGUGUGUAUAGUCUCCCACAUGUACAUAACUGCGAGCAGAACCGCCUCUAUCUGUACGCUUAGACAAUUAUCACCUGUGCGGACUUGCAUCAGCCUACGAUUACUGCAAAUUAUAUGCGUGAUACCAGGUGUAUCCACACUUAUGCUCGUUAUGUCAACACCACCGUACCGGCCUAUGUGAGAAAAGCCUAUUUACACCUCGUGGUGAAAAGUGGGGAUGCAACACAUCUUAUUACAAUCCUGCAUCAUCUGUACUUGCGUAUUCUCAGUCCUGGGGAACGCACAAAGAGAGAAUAUGCAGAAUGCGGUCUCUGCAAAAAGGCGUACCUUCACCUCUGCACCAUCGUCAUGACGACUACUAGGGAUCGGUUUCAAACCAACUAGCAAUCUGUAAUGAUAAAUAAAAGUCUCGGCGUACAUGUCCGCUAAGGAGGUGGGAUUCUGAAAUCUGGGGAAAUCUUUCCCUGCUUGGUGCAGAUAUUUAUAAUCUGUCAAAUCACAUCAAAACUCAAAAGAAAAUAUAUAGUUUGAGACAUUUUAGUAUAAAUGCAAUUCAUUGUGCCAAUGUCUUUUAUCCUAGAUGUUACGCAGCUCCAUUCCUGGCGACUAGCAGACGCAUUCUCUGGUUGCCAGGGUCCGAGGAGCCUUUGGGAACGUUCAGCUUUUCAUACAAUAAGGAACAUUUUAACAGCUAUAAACAAAAAAAGUGAAAAUGUAAAAAAAAAUCAAAACAAACAUUUUUAAAAAGGUAACCCGCCCUGUAGGAUCCUGAUCCCACCCACUCUAUAGCUGGUGUAAGCGCUGGCUCACGGAGCCGUCUUUAUAGACAAGCCGCAGAAUCAUCGGGAGGAUUGUCACAGAUUCAUCUCUAGAUCAUGUGACGUCUCAGGGAUCAUGUGACGCUCUUUAUAAUAUCCAUCGACUUUGCAACCUGUUGUCAGGUUUUCCUGGUGUUGGAGUUAUUGAUCAUUAAAAGCUACAAAAUCUCCAUAAACCAGUAAGAAUCGCUAUGUAAAUACAAAUUUGUCUACUGAUUUUAGCACUUACAUGGUGCUUUUCUCGUGGAGUCCUAUGUGGCAUAUACAGGAUUCCGUCCAAUACUUGGCUGCUGGAGUUACAGGGCUCAUUCACAUAUAUGCGCUAGGGAAAAUGGUUAAAAUAUGUACAGUCCAUAUCGUGGGCCUGUGAUUUAGUUCAUAAACUAAUAGCCAUGAUCCCGUAAAAACAAAAACUUUACCAACAUAUUGUGUUCUGCGUUGUGUAAAAUGCGUCAAACUCACUAACACACACGGCUGACCAUCUAUUUGUUACCUUUGUAUCUCUGUCCCCAUUAUGUUAGUGACUGCCACAGUAAAGUGCUCUCAUAAAUGUUAAAUUAAGCCAUCAAAAGAUGAUCUCCUCUAUAGAAUCACAGGCAAACAUACCUGUGCUUUCUGUUCCGUAAUGUGCGCCAUACUGGUAGGUUAUGCUGCGUCGGUAAUCUACAUAGUGUUAGGGAAUACAUACAAUUUAUCAGCGGACAGGAUGCUGACAGUCAAUAUUCCGACAGCGGCAUCCCGUCCGCAUGAAUACUGGCAGCUGGGUGAGCGCUAAGAGCCGCCAUUUUAACUGCAACCCAGUGUUAGAACUCAGUGGUUACAAUGGCAUCACUGACUCUCAUUGGUCCACUUUUGAUGCAUCUACUAACUUAUAAAAACCAGGCAGGUGUGAAUGAGCCCUAAAGGUCAUGGCGAAACGCGUGAUUUGCUGCAUGUAAAUGAUGGAAUCAAAUACUGUUUUUCUUAUUUGCAUUUUUUGACCGUACUAUUGAAAUGUGAACAUAAGCACUUUGUAACCUUUUUACAUAAAUAAAUGUUAUAGAUAACCAGA